AUGACUCAAGACGAGAAACCCCACGACGAAGACAAGCAGAAAUUGAAAAACGACUUGCCCACGCCAGAGCAAACCCAGCAACUCGAGGAUGCAGUGCGCAAGCUAUUGAACCCUAAUGGUGAAAACCCCAACAUGGACCAGUACGUCACCAACACCUUCAACUACAUCUCCAAUAUGUUUAACAAAAUGCAGAAUGCCUCUGAUCCUGAAGCAGCAUCUAAAGAAAUUGCUGAGGAUUUGAAGCUGAAAUUUGAAAACUGGGCAGAGGGUCAGAAACAGAAGCAGGCCCAGAAUGAGACGGGGCAGGAGGCCAUCACCAAUGAAAAAAUAUAG